UGGAGCGCAUACUGUCUUUUUACCCAAGUUAUCUCGUAAUGAAUAGAAAGUUAUUCAUCUCUGGAGUAAAAGACAGUCCUUGUUCUGAAUGGCUUCUCAUAUAAAUGUCUGUUCUUCAUGGAAGCUCUCAGAUUAGAAAUAAGAUACAGAUUAGAAAUAGAUGCACGUUUUAUGGAAACUGCAUGUAGAUAUUACACCUAAAUAAUAACCAUUUUAAUUAUACUUUCUGUUUAAGCUUUGGUAUGGUGAAGUCCUAUCCUUUUGCCAUGGUUAAUUUUUUGCAACCUUCUUUUUAUCUGAAAGCUUUGUAACCAGCUCUAAUGAUAUUAAAAUUUAAGUAAUUAGGGAAAAGUCAUGAGAGGCUAAAACUUUUGGCAGUGCUUUCGCUUAACUGACCCUAUUUUCUUUUUCUUACAGUGGUGGGAAGGACAGCUGUUAUAAUAUGAUGCAAUGUGUUGCUGCUGGGCAUCAGAUUGUUGCUCUAGCCAAUUUAAGACCUGCUGAAAGCACAGGGCAGACUGAUGAAUUGGACAGCUAUAUGUAUCAGACAGUAGGACACCAUGCCAUUGACCUAUAUGCUGAUGCAAUGGAUUUGCCACUCUAUCGUUGUUUCAUAAAAGGUACCAGUGUUAAUACUGGACGAGUGUAUACCACAUGUGAGGAAGAUGAGGUUGAAGACCUUUACUGCCUUUUGAAACUUGUUAAGGACAAGGAAGGAGUCGAGGGUGUCUCUGUGGGAGCCAUUCUUUCUGAUUACCAGCGAGUUCGAGUAGAAGAUGUAUGCAGAAGGCUUAAUCUUCAGCCGUUAGCUUAUCUUUGGCGUCGGAACCAGGAAAUUUUACUUAAAGAAAUGAUAUCAUCCAACAUUCAAGCCAUAAUCAUAAAAGUGGCAGCUUUUGGUUUAGAUCCAGAUAAGCAUCUAGGAAAAACACUGGAUCAAAUGGAGCCUUUUCUUUUGGAGCUUUCGGAGAAAUACGGAGUCCACAUUUGUGGAGAAGGUGGCGAAUAUGAAACGUUCACUCUGGACUGCCCUCUGUUUAAGAAGAAAAUAGUUGUGGAUUCAGCAAAGGUGGUUGUACAUUCAGCUGAUGCAUUUGCACCUGUGGCUUACCUUCAUUUUUUAGAAUUACACUUGGAGAAUAAGCAGGGGGAAUCUUCAGACACAUUCAUGGUCAGUAGCUGUUCUUGUGAGCUAAGCUGCAAUGACUCCAAUAUUUUACCUUCAUCAGAAGCGGGUGAACUGCAGACAAUCCCUCCUGUCAUCUGGAAGUCAAACAUGAAACAUAAUUCUCUGGAUUUCACUAAGACAUUUGGAAGUUCAGGAAAAUCCCUGAGUGGUUACCAGUGGUUUUCAGGUUUCACUGCCCACUUUCUUCCAUCAGAAGGCAAAAACGCUCAAGAUGCAGCAAGGGAAGCAUUUUCUGCCCUCCAAGCUAAUAUGACUUCAGAGGGAUUGAAAUUGAAAGAUAUUAUUUUGGUACAUCUGUAUAUGAAGAGCAUGAAAGAUUUUGCUGUUAUAAAUUCAGCUUAUGUGACAGAAUUUGAUUUGUGUCCACCAGCAAGAGUAUGUAUAGAAACCCUGUUACCUGAUGGAGUACUGUUUUGCAUUGACUGCCUUGCACAUAAGUAUGACAUUGCAACUGAUGACAUGUUGCAUGAUGAGAAACUGGUCAUGCAUGUACAGAGCAUUUCUCACUGGGCACCUGCUAGUAUAGGACCUUACAGUCAGUCCGUCAAGGUUGGUGAUGUUCUCUACUGUGCUGGACAGAUUGCUCUAGUACCUUGUACUAUGCAGCUUGUGAGUGGGGGCAUAUGGACUGAGGCCAUAGUUUCCCUCCGUCAUGUGGAGAGAGUUCUUCAAGCCAUGAACCAGAACACUGCACUCCAGCACAUCCUUAUGGCUAACUGUUAUGUAACUGACAGCAAGUAUAUUCCUGUUGCUCAUUCUAUAUGGCAGAGGAAAUUAAGAGAAUAUAAAAAGGAAGAAGAUUCAGAGACAUAUAAUGAUGCAGCUGCAGUGUGUGGGAUGCUUGCUGUUGUUGUAAUAUCUCGCUUACCCAGAGAUGCUGCCAUUGAAUGGCAUGUCAUUGCAGUAGUUGACAAUCCAAUGCAAAGAAAACAUUUUGCAAUGAAGAUGUUGUCAGAGGGCUUCCAAGUUGAAUGUGAAUCUGUGGAGUCCAGUUCUGCAUCUUGUGCCUCAGUCUCUGUACGUCUGAGCUUGAUUUCACCAUCCACUUCUCCACUUGAUUUAGAAGGACCUCUUCAUGACUUAUUUGCUAUGUUUAGACAAGCUAUUGAGAAACUUUCAGAAGACUGCAGUGCAAUUCCUUUGUCUUUCAGAGCUUUUUUCAAGAAGGAUAUCUUUGAUGCUCAAACAUUACAAACAGGACUGCAAGAAUAUCUUGAACAACAUUUGGGCAAGAAGAGUCCAGCUCUGAUUUUAGUACCUGUGAUGGAUUUACCUGGAAAGGAAGUCAUUCAUGUAACAUGCUGGCUAAGUUAGUAGUUUAAAAGAAAAGAAUUAAUAUCAAAGCACAAAUUCCAUCCAGCAAAGAGCAAAAAAAAAAAGUGAUCAUAACUGGAUUGUGUAUUUUCAUUAAGUACCGCUGCCUGAAUUAAGCAAAGUCAUAUUUAGCUUGUUAAUGAUGCCUCAUGACAUGCGACAGAAUCAACUUUGUAUGAACAAUAAAUGUGGGGUUUUUUAAUAGUGUGCUAUUUUCUCCCUCAUUUUUAGAUAUAUUAUGGUAAUAGUGGGUUGCCCUUGGAAGAUGGCAGUGGCUCUGAUCCCAUCAGUUCUCUGUUUGAUAUAUUUAGGUCUGGUGACACUAAACUAAUUGCAACUUGUGGUCUUUUGGAUGGAGGUGAAGUCAGAACAUUAGCUCCAAUACUGUUUUAAAGACUUGUUUGCUCUCAAUUUGACAGUGAAUUUUCUGACUUCAGGCCAACUCCUGAAAGCCUUACUUGUGGCCUGACUUUAACCCUUUUCUUGCACUGGGGAAGAGUUUUUCACAGGAGCAUUAAGGAUGCACAUUUUACCAAAGUGAACAACUGAGAUGAUGGUCAGAUUGUAGGAUUUGCCAUUUUGCUUUCAGAGGCAAUAGUGAGUAUCCUUAUGCUUUAUAUCUGGCAGAGAACUCUUGUUUCAGAGCUCAAAGUAUCCCCCAAGGCUUCAAUCUUCCCUGGAAAAUCGACAGGAGUUUUACCACUGCUUUCGUUAAAGCAGGCUCAGACGCAUAGGUGAAGUCUCUGUUGAGUUCAUUGCAACUGAUAUGUUACUCAUAAUAUGAUAAAGUAUUGAUAUAGGAAAGAAAGCCUUUUGGAGUUAGCCUGAGGUGGUAGGCACUGUAGAGACAUCUCGUUUUUCAGGCAAAGGCUAUAAAAUUAUACCUUGAAGAAAGAGUAUCAAAUUUAUGCCUAUGUUCUAUAUCUGUAUAUUCUCUUCGGUUCUUGUUCAGCGUGUGAGCAUUGGAGCUACAUAACCAGUACUCCAGCUGGCCUUCUCUUACGCCAACAUAUAUCUGAGAUAACUCCACAAAAGUCAACUGCAUGACAGCAAGUUUACAUUGGGGUGACUGAGAGGUGAAUUUAGCGCUACAGCUUCAUUUUCUUCCCCACUACCAGAUAUUGUUUUGGCAGCUAAUACAAAACCAGUGACUAAAGAUAAGAAGAUCUUCCUCUGCUAGAUGCUUCGCAUGUCCAGCAUAUUAUGCUCAUUAUUACCUGAAAAUCGAACGGUUAAAUGUCAGUGUUACCAUUACAUUAAGAGACGUAGCAGAGCUACCACUCUUUUUAGUAAGAAUUAUUUUUGUCACAGUUAUACAAAUAUUUUUUGGAAGAAAGGAGAAGGCACAGAACUUCUUGUAUACCAGUAUAUAAAUACAUGGUUGUAUUAAAUUAAAUUUCUUAAGAAAAAGGAAAGAAUGUUAACAAUACCUUAGCGUAUUAGCAUGCAAUAUCAUUUUCAAAACGUAUCUGAUGAUAAUUCUUCCCACAAAAAGAACUUGUUAAUACCUGAGUAUGCCUGUUCUAUUUGAAAUCCAGAAUUUGUCUAUCUUUUUGAAAGUUAAAUCAUUUUCUUACCUCUCUCUGGAAGCAGCAGUCUUUUAUUUCUUUCGAUGUGAGGAACAAGCUGGACUGAAAGAAAACAGGAGAAGGAAAAAUACUUUCAAAGAGAGGAUGAUGAAGCAUAAUUUUUUAUAGACACAUAUGGAAGUCAAAGAGAUGGCAUGAGUUUGGCUAUCUGUGUCUCCUAUAGCAGACGUUUUUUCGUAGUUCAGAAAAGAUAUUCAAAUGUAUUGAUCUUAGCUGAUGUACUAUACUGUAUAUUUUAAGACGGCAGGAUAUUUGUUCCUAAAGAAACCAGCUUUUCUGGCAGGUUUCAUGCCUUGAACUAGCCUUUUUCUUUGCUGGUGUGGAUGCAUUGAAAAAAAGUAAGAGAAUGCUUUGGUGUAAAAAAUGGCACAAUCCUAAUUUUUUUUCUAGAAAGAAAGAAAUCUUUUUCUUUUCUUGAGAUAACUAGAACUUUAACAGGUUUACUUUGUGAACAGCUGACUUCUUCCCCUUGAAAGGCUUCAUACAGCCUAAAAAUGGUAUGAGUAACUAUGACUGGAAGCUGGGCUUGCUGAAUUUUAAGUAUGAAUGUGGCAAUUUGUUCAACAUUGAUAUGCCAGGUAGGUGAGUAAAGUGCUGCUCCAUAUAGAGACCUAAUGACUUUUAUAACAGAAAGAAAUGUCUUAACACCUUUUUAUCCACUUUAUGCUGCGGUACUCUCAUGACAAUUAACUGGCCCUACUAUGAAUAAGUUGUUUCACAGAGCUCUCUUUCAGUUUCUUGUAACAAAAGUGCUAGCUGAAGAGAGGAGGAAGGGAGAGGGGCACACAAGCACAUGUAUGUGUUUUAUGAAAAGAAGGGAAGACAGCUAAUAUUUAAAAUCAGCUAAUAUGUGCAGGUUUUUUUGUAGGACAGACUGUGCUGAGUGUUUACCUAGGCAGAUGUUAAUGCUGAGAGUGUAAAUUCAUAUACUGUGGUAAGACACUGGUUUUGAGAAUAUAAAGAUACAAUUUCUUCUGUUUCUCUGAUUUUUGCGAAGCCUGCAGGGAAAUGUGUUGUAUGCUUAUUGUGACAUAAAAAGCACCUUGAUCUAGGUUUCAGCACCCAAAGUACAGCAAAGCUAGGUAAUAACUGGGAAAAUGUCUUUUAAAAUUUUACAUAGGGUUUUGAUUUUUCCUUUCUCUGCUGUAACAAGUGUUAGAAUAUGGCUUUUAUGUCCUUUUUUUUUCCAAAAAGAAUCUAUUUCUUGUUAUAGAUAUCUAUGUAAGUGAAAUUACGUCUUCUGCCUCUUUUAAAAAUCUCCAUAUAUCAGUUUCUUUAAUUGCUUGAAAGCUUAUUAAAGUGAACUGACCAAAUGGGACUGCAAGACAAGAACUGAUUUAAUAACUUUGUGUUUUACUCAUUUCAAAACCUGGUAAUGGCUACAGUAUCAGUGAGCCUUUGCAAUGCACAUGGCUAAGCUGCCAUAAAGCCACCAGAGCUCAUCAUCCUAAAUAGGUUUAAAAAUGACAUUGAGAUAUUUUAAGCAGAGAUUAUUUAAUUUUUUUUCCUUGCAAGUUUUAUAGUUAGGUGAUUCAGGAGCUGAUUUGUUACACCAGAUAGCAUUGGUGCAUCUUUCCUCUUAGCUUUCAGAAAGCUAGCAGGCACUGGAAGAAGGUCUCCUGAGUAUUAGAGAGGUGAUCUGAAGCAGCUAUGUUCCUUCAAGGACAUUCUGCUCAAUCCAUUAUCUCCUGUCUAUGUGCGGUAGUCUAGUCUAUCAAAAUACAAUGAUUGAAUAAAACUUUUAUUUCAAAUAAAUGAAUGCACUGAUUUAAUAAAAGGUUUAUACUGUAUGGUAUAAUAGUUUUCCAAAUGAACACUGAAAUCCUAAAACAGAAACUUUUCAUGUGUCCAAAUUAAAUUUUUGUCACUUCUUUCAGAAUGGGUUUACUGAAGCAAACACAGUUUAUACUGUGUGUUAAAGUAAAGCUAUCCUGAGCUCUCUGAGUGCUCACUGGCACUUACCAUUUA